AGAAAGUUCAUGCCUUAUGUACGGUGCGUAAUUUCCGGUAUAAAAAAUGCCGCGAAAUGAGGCAUAGUUCUGCACACAAAAAAAGAAUCUUAGAAGUGAAGUAAUGCAGUUAACAGAGGCAUCAAGGGUCGAGUGUAGUGGGAAAGUCAAGUAUUCUGGAAUUGAUACAGGAAAUGUUAUGUGGAAAAAUGGAACUCUUAUUAUCCAGCUUCAUAAUGGGCGAUGGAGCAUGAAUUUAGAGUAUGAUGUCAGUCCAGGCAAUUCACAUAAAUGUAUAGCUCUUUCUCCUGGAGUCAUUAAGAAGUUGAUUUGUAAGGCUCAGCUUGUUAUUGAGUUACAGACUGGUAGUUCCUCCAUGAAUUUUCAUUUAAAGCCACAUACUCCUAAAGAUGAUCAGGAUAUGAAACGAGUUUAUGAAAAACUACUAAACAUUCAGAAAUUAAGGGAUGAACCUGGUAUAGUCAAAGCAGAAGUAAAGAUGACACCAACCAAACAAGUCAUUAGUAAUUACCAUACAGACCAUCACAUAUCACCCGAUACAUUCACAAGGUACAGCGUGAAAUCAAAAGACAGAAAAAGAUCGUUAGAAGAUGAUUUUGAAGAAGAUGGGAAGGAAAAUAGAGCAAGAAAUAACAGUGAAAAGUUUUUAGAAAGAGCAGCUGAAAAGUCAAAGAUGUGGCGUUCAUCAGAAACCACUCCAAUAAAGUUUUAUGGUCACAGUUCAACACAAUCAACUUAUGGUACACCAUUUAGCAGUGGUAGAAGACCUGGAUUAAUGCCAGAUCCAACUCCAUCAAAGAUACCUAGACUCGGUAAUGUUAACUACAGCUGGAUGAAACCAAAGUUAACAGCACCGUCAGAUACCACUCAACAACAACCAAACUUUCAUGGAUUCUCUAACCUUGGUAAUACUUGUUACAUGAAUGCAAUACUCCAAUCCCUUGUUAAUCUGGAUACAUUCACCACAGAUCUACUGUAUGGAAACAAAAGAAUUCUUAGGACGUUAGAAUCUACUUCCUUGUAUAAGUGUAUGGUCCUCGUCUUUAAUUCAAGAUUGAAGAAUGUUACUGAUAUCAGUAAAAGAGAAUAUCUGAGGAAUUUAAAACAGGCUAUAUCAUCAUCAGCUAAAAGGUUUUCUGGAUAUCAACAACAUGAUGCUCAUGAAUUCCUUGGUCAGUUGUUAGACCAGUUAAAAGAAGAAGUGACCAAGAUAUCCAAGUCUACACCAAGUCCACAUCGGGAUAACGAGGAAACAGAGAGGACACCACAUGAAUGUGUUAACCCUACAGUACAGAACUUUGAAUUUGAAGUACUUCAUGGGAUCAAAUGUGAAAACUGUGGAGAGCAGGUGACUAAAGAAGAACAGUUUAAUGAUCUAUCUGUAGAUAUGCCUAGAACUAGAGAUUCGACCAAUCCUAGAUCUCUACAGGAUGCCCUAGAAUUAUCUCUACGGAAAGAAAAAAUAGAAUAUACUUGUGAAAAAUGUAACUGCAACAAAGCUGAGGUCUCUCAUAAAUUUACCAAGUUACCAAGAGUUUUAGUAUUACAUCUUAAGAGAUACAGUUACAAUAUGAAUAUGUCUCGCCAAGCCAAAGCAGGUCAGAAUAUAACCAUUCCACGAUAUCUCACGCUACAAUCUCACUGUGAAAUGGAGACACGCCCACCUUACCCAACCAUUCCUCCUCCUGAACCUAAAAGUCUAACUGUGCCAGAUAGCCCACUCAGGGAAAAGAAUGAAAAUACACCUAGAAGAAAGCUGGAUGUAACAAACCCUUCAAACCCUUCAAGUUUCAGAUUUAAGAAGAGUCGAGCAUUAUCAGAUUUUAAUACUGAUGAGGAUCCCAGUAAAGCUUCUAUACAACAAACCAGCACACCUUUUAAAAAACUCAAAGAGGAACCAGAAAUUAUAACGGACAGAAAGCUGACACUAGAUGAUGAUUUUGAUGACCCUGAACUAGCCAAGGCUUUAGAACUAAGUCUUAAAGAAGCUAAUGAUAGGAACCAGGGCUUUCUUGAUGAAGUAGAUGGAAUGGCAGAAGAUGGAGAUCUUAAAAAAGUAUUGGAAAUGAGCAGAAAUGAUCCAGAAAGUGCACCCACUGAUCAUGAUUAUGACAAGCAGUUAGGAUCCAUGACAGAAGAGGAACAAAUAGAAUUGGCUUUGAGGAGAAGUAUGAUGGAAUUUGAAAUGAUGCAUGAUUCCUACACACCAGAGGAUAUCCGAAAGGAAUGUAGCUCUGAAAUGAUACAAGAUUCAUAUGAAUCCCAAGAGAUCAGAAAGAAAUAUAGGUCUGCAGUGGCUGAGGAACUUUUUAGGGACGAGGGUGUUAGAACAAAUGGUGUAGAGGAUAAUAGCGUUACCUCAAAAUAUUUUAGAACCGCACAAGAAAGUAAUACAGGAGAUAAUAAAAUGACAGAAAGUAAUUCAGGGAUAAAAUUGGAUAAUGGUUGCUCACCUCUUAAGACAUGUGAAAAUGAAUCAACUUACGAAUUAACAGAAAAUUCUUAUUUCCAUUCAAAUUCUUCAGUCGCAAAAUGUUCUCGAGACAAACAAAUCUCUAUAAACUUUGAUUCAAAUUUGUCAAAUGGUACAAUUGUCGAGGAAAAUAUUCAAUGUAAUGGCAUUAGGGUUGAUGAAAAUAUGAAAUCAGAGGAUGAAGCCAGUAUUGAAAAUGAAGUAAUGCUUAUUUCUGAUAACACAGACAGCGAGACUGAUAAAUGCUCAAAAAUCAAGUCUAAAAAUUGUACGCAAUCAAAUUCAAAUUUAAAUGUUUCCGAUCAGUGCAUGGAGAUUAGUGAUAGUGAUUCUGAAAAACAAAAUACAAAUAAUUCAAACUCUCAGGAAGGAAACACGAUGACCAACAUGGAAUCAAAACCCAAAUUAUCAAAAGAUAUAGAGAAUAUUUUGAUGGUAGAUGAAAUGACGGCUUCAGACAUUACACCUUUGAAGACUGUAAACCGUCCACAGCUAGGGAAAGGGGUAUCGCAGGAUGGCACAGAUAUUGUAGACCUGUUCUGUAAAGAAGAGGAUGAUUUUUUAAUGGAACAAUGGGACAAAGAGAACUACAAUCCUGAUGGCAGUGUAAUGAAAGAAAUGGAGGAAAUUCUACCUAGAAUUGAUAAUGAGAAAGGAGAACUACCAUAUUCCUAUCGUCUAGUCAGUGUUGUUAAUCACAUUGGUAGCAGUUCUGUUGUUGGGCAUUAUGUGAGUGAUGUGUAUGAUAUUAAAAAGGCCAGUUGGUUUAGCUGUGACGAUUCACAUGUAUCUAGAACAACGGAAACAGACGUCAGAACCAAACGUGAGAGAAGUGGAUACAUAUUCUUCUAUCUCAACAAGGAUAUAUUUGAUGACCUGAAGGACCAUUAUGCCAUCCACGCUAACAAGAAGAAAUGAUGAACUCUGAUAGUUUUCUUUUAGACAUUUAAGAUGCUUCGGCAUGUACAUAGAACAAAAUAUGAACAUAGAAAGAAUGAAGUAGACAAAAUUCAUCAAUGGUUUAUUACAAAAUUAAAUUUAAUAGCCAGCUGUGAAAUGCUAGUCUAACAAGUUAAUUAUGUCAUUCACAACAUUUUUCGGGAAGAUAUAUUGCAUGUAUUGGUUUUGUCAUUUCUGUUAUAAAAGUUUCUGUAAAAACUAUCUACAGAUUUCAAUAUCUGACCUGGACAAAAUUUGAUCAAACUAGUGUAUACCAUGUGUGUAGUUCAUGAGUAUGUUUUAAUCAUAAUUUUGGUGGGAAAUCAUAGCAGAAUACUCAAAAUUUCAACAAAAAGGGAGGUUUGAUAAUGUAAAAUUCCGUCAAGUUUAUGUAAUAACAACACUUGACAAAAUUAAAUAAUGAACAAAUAUUUCAUUAUCUACCAUCACAGUAGAUGGAAAUAAAGUGAUAAAAUGAACAAAAUAAUGAUAAUCAAUGGCCUGCUACUUACAUGAGAGUCUGGGUAGGGUUUACUGAAUGUAAAAAUAAUGGGCACACAAAAAUAAAGAACUGAAAAAAAAACAGGGUAAAAAUAAUGGACACAAUAUUUAGAUAAAAAAAAUGGGGUUAAAAUAAAGAAUAGAGAAUAAUGUAGUAGAGGAAAAAUGAAAUGAAAAGAAAAUAAUCUCUCAUGAAUGUAAUAAAAAAAUUGAUGUGAGGAGGAAAAAUAUAACAAGUAUUGAAUAAUGUGCCAAAAUAUGUAAAAAGAGUUAAAUUUCUAAAAAAAAUAAGGGAAUAAAAAGUGAUGACCCUCAUCCCGACCCUCCUCUUACAUUUAAUGUGAAUUGUUAAAUAUUCUUUUUUUUAUUAAAAAUGAAAUUAAGUGUUCAGAUUUAGAUAGAACAAAUAAUGUUUUUCUUAAUAGUCAAAGACUUGUAUAUUUACCAUAUAUCAUGUACAAAUGAAAUUAAAAAACUAAGUGUAUAUCUGUAUAAAUUUGCAUGAACUUUCAAUAUGAAAAAUGAAUUUUUGAUAAUAUAGGCCAGUUUAUUUCUCUAUUACUAUAGCAUUGUAUGUUAUA